AUGAGCGCCCAAACGUCUGUCGAAAUCGCAAAGUCGCUGCCCCCGCGCUUACUGCGCUUCUUCCAAAAGUACCCGCCACCAUCGCUCUUUCCCAGUCUCUCAUCUCAACUCGCAUCACCGACUUCACACGCAACCCCAAGCACAAUAUCGACAACCCCACCAACCAACCCCAAUGCCUCCGUGACCGAGACAUCCGCGCCAGAGGCCAUCGCGAGACCCGCAAAUGCGCCCUCAAAUUCGAACAUACCACCAGAAGCACACGACCUGCCCUACCCAAAUCCAUUCCUCCCACACAAGAACUUCGCAACCGGACGGUGGCACUCCCCCGCGUAUGGUCUACGGAAACAAGCCGAUCUUGUUAAGCUUGCCUCGGAGCAUGGUGUCGUCGACCUACUGCCAUGGACUGUGAAGAAGCCUGGCGAGAAGGAAAGGCGGCGGGUAGAAAGAGGAUUGCAAGUCAAGGGCACGGGCGAGGGACAGAAGGUCAAGGGAAAGCUUUGGGAGCGAACACUGAAGGGACGCUUGGAGAUGAGGAGACAGGCCAUGUUAAACAUGCCAGCUUUGAUCCAGGAAUGGAAGCAGAAGGGACACGGAAGAGGUUGGAAGAAGUGGCCCAGUGGAAAGGCGAAGAAAUAG